UAUAAAUACAGGGUAAAACUAGUUUGAACAUCUCAUACACAAUCUAGUCCAUUCUUCUACGUUACAAUGGCGGAGAGCUCGAUCUCGACCAAGCUGUCUUCGACCGAUGUGGCACCGGAUAAAGAAUCAUACCCGAAGUCCUAUUUACCGUUGAAGUUAUUCGGUUUCUCCCUAACUGAUCAGCAAGUCGAAGUGAUAGAGAAAGCUGAGGAUUUCGGAGAAAGCAGGAAGUUCGAGUGUCCGUUUUGCCACCGAGCAUUUGCCAACUCUCAAGCACUAGGAGGACAUCAAAAUGCACAUAAGAGAGAGCGUCAAAGAGCAGGGCGAGCCCAGUUUCAUAGCCAUCAGCAUGUCAUAGCAUCUGCGCCUGUUUUAAGCUCACAUUCUGUACGGUCGAUGCACCCCGCGUACAGUAGAGGGCUCACUAGCAACGGUGCUGCUAAAUUUGUGCAGCAACCAUGUUAUUGUCCAUGUCCAUCACGGCCGCUGUUUCUUCCCUCGACUCCUUAUCGGUACAGUCCUCAAUUUUGCGUAGCACAGCCAGUGCAUUUUGGCACAGCAGUCCCGGCGCUCAAUGAAUUUUCUGGUAAAUUGCCAGAGGCGAACGUAGGCCUCGAUCUUCAUCUUAAACUUUCUCCUUCAGGUUGUUAGAUCAUGUAAUAUAUAUGUAUAUCAUGGAGCUUAAUUUAUGCCCUUUCUGCUUUUGUAUUUUCCUCUCUUUGGUUAGAUUUGCUGUGAAGCGUGUUAUC